GAUGAAGCAGCAGCACAGCCGCUGAAUCUCUCAUCCAGACCUAAGACAGCAGAGCCUGUGAAGUCCCCAACAUCUCCCUCCCAGAGCCUCUUCCCAGCCAGCAAAACCAGCCCUGUAAAUCUGCCAAAUAAAAGCAGCAUCCCUAGCCCCAUUGGAGGAAGCUUGGGAAGAGGAUCCUCUUUAGAUAUCCUGUCCAGUCUCAACUCUCCUGCCCUAUUUGGAGAUCAGGAUACAGUGAUGAAAGCCAUUCAGGAGGCUCGGAAGAUGCGAGAACAAAUCCAGCGGGAGCAACAGCAGCAGCAGCCACAUGGUGUUGAUGGAAAGCUAUCCUCCAUGAAUAAUAUGGGGCUGAACAACUGCAGGAAUGAAAAGGAAAGAACACGCUUUGAGAAUUUGGGGUCCCAGUUGACAGGAAAGUCAAGUGAAGAUGGAAAGCUGGGCCCAGGUGUCAUCGACCUUACUCGACCAGAAGAUGCAGAAGGAAGUAAAGCGGUGAAUGGCUCUGCAGCUAAACUACAGCAGUAUUAUUGUUGGCCAACAGGAGGUGCCACCGUGGCUGAAGCACGAGUCUACAGGGAUGCCCGCGGCCGUGCCAGCAGUGAGCCACACAUCAAGCGACCAAUGAAUGCAUUCAUGGUCUGGGCGAAGGAUGAGAGGAGGAAAAUCCUUCAGGCCUUCCCCGACAUGCACAACUCCAACAUUAGUAAAAUCUUAGGCUCUCGCUGGAAAUCUAUGUCCAACCAGGAGAAGCAGCCCUAUUAUGAAGAGCAGGCCCGGCUAAGCAAGAUCCACUUAGAGAAGUACCCAAACUAUAAAUAUAAGCCCCGUCCGAAGCGCACCUGCAUUGUUGAUGGCAAAAAGCUCCGAAUUGGGGAAUAUAAGCAAUUGAUGCGGUCCCGGCGACAGGAGAUGAGGCAGUUCUUCACUGUGGGGCAACAGCCUCAGAUUCCAAUAACCACAGGAACAGGUGUUGUGUAUCCUGGUGCUAUUACUAUGGCAACGACCACACCAUCACCUCAGAUGACAUCUGACUGCUCUAGCACCUCUGCCAGUCCGGAGCCCAGCCUCCCGGUCAUCCAGAGCACUUAUGGCAUGAAGACGGAUGGUGGAAGUUUAGCUGGAAAUGAAAUGAUUAAUGGAGAGGAUGAAAUGGAAAUGUAUGAUGACUAUGAAGACGACCCCAAAUCAGACUAUAGCAGUGAAAACGAAGCCCCAGAGGCUGUCAGUGCCAACUGAGGAGUUUUGUUUGCUGAAUUAAAAUACUCUGACAUUUCACCCCCCUCCCCAACAAAAAGUUCUUAAAGAGCCCGCAUGCAUUUGUGGCUCCACAAUUACAUCAGCAGAAUGGUCUUAAUUGUUUCGUAAAGUGUGAGACAGAUUGUUUUCCCUGAUUUUUCAUGAACUUGAGUUUUUUGUCGUUAUUGUUAUUGUUGUUGUUGUUGUUUUUUUAAUUUAGGUGAAGACAUAUUAAAUAUGAGACACCAGGACUUGAAAACUUAUCUCAACCCAUAGCUGUCUUACAGUCUUAUAUUUUUGUCUUACUUUUUUUUUCUUUUGGAUGUUGAUAAAGGUUUAAGUUACUGUUUUAGAUGGGGUUAAACAUUCUCACUCAGGUAUGCUGUGCCGGCCUACAGGUUGUGAAUGUGUUUUUAUUCUGAAUUACUUUAGAAAACAACUGAGGAUUUCGUAUUGUGACACAGGACAAGUCCAUGGCGUGUGCAGCUGCAUGCAGAGCAUAUUCAAAAGGCCUCGGAAUUCCAUUUUUCCACAUGUAGAGUUAAACUUUGAAUGUGCCAAACUUUUUCAUAACUUUUGAAUCUUAAUAUUUUGAAAGUCUUAAAGGAGACACUGCAAAGUCUUAGACAAUCUUUGACAUCUUAAAAUGAAAUAGCAAACCACAUUUUUUUUCAGUAAAUGGUAAAGUACUCAGGAAUCUGGAGACAAGAUAUUGUAAGGAAUGAACAAGGUUGCCACAGUGCAUGUACCCAAUUGUGUUUGCCUCUUGAUGUGCCAUCAGUGCGUGACGUGGUAUGACAGAAACACACCAGAGCAAUCACCACACCAGAUAACCAACAUGGUGGUCUCCCCUGACUGAGACCACCUCUCACUACAUCCAUUAUCCCUUUGCCUUUAGCCCUGACAUUCAGUCUUAACACAUUUUCUCUUAAAUAAUUUAUUCAUUCCAGAAUGUCAAGGGUCCACUUACUAUUUAUUUUUAAAAAUUGUUGGUGGCAUUAAUUUAAUAAUUUUUGUUUUUCACCCUCUUUCCCUGAAGAACUUUCAGUCCUUUUUCCACCUCCUUCUCCUGAUAGAUAUAAAAGGUGUACAUAGUGAUUUUAUGUCCCCAGAGCAUCUGGAAAGCAUUUCUGAAACAAGACACUAUUAAAUACCUACAUUGUUUGUAAAUCUGUCUGCAGGGCAGAUUUGGGUAUAGGUGUGCAAUCUUAAACUUAAACAUAUAUGCCCCUGAGGUUCACUGUGACCUGAAAUCUUUGACCAGAGUUUCCCCCUAAUUCAGUUUGCAGCAAGUGGUUGGAUCUGCAUCAGUGGCAUUUCCCCUGAAUCCCGUUCAUCAUCAGAGAGGGUCAAUAGGAGUGACUGCUAGGCAGGAGCGUCUUGCAGCCAACCUGAACCCCAAGGCUUAUGGGCCAUAUGGGAGUCCACAGUGGAGCUGUCAUGGACUGGCACUUUUACACUGAGUUGCCUUUCUAAACUGGCAAAAUCUCCAGGAUAUAAGAAGCCACCUGACAGCCUCGAAGCAAAGACAGAGGCAAAUAGUCAUAAAAGAAAACCAUAGGGAAGGAGAAGGGGGAAAUACAUUCCCUAUAUGGCAUGUUCCUAUUGUUAACCCUGGGGAACAGAGAGCUCGUGGGGCAGCAUACCAGUUCCUCUGGCUGACCCUUCUUACCCAUGGCUGGAUGGGGGACCUGCCUACAUGUGAGGAAAAUAACCUGCACUUGUCACUCAAGGAGUGCUCUGGAGACAUUCUGCUAGGUUGAGAGGCAGUGGAAUUUUAUCCCCCAUCACCUUCCUACAGGGAGCUCUGCUACACCAUUUUGACAUCCCUGAACCUGCUACGCCAUUUUGACAUCCCUGAACCAGGCCUGGUUGCCUAUAGUGGAGCUCACCCAGACUGGGUUAGCAGGAGAGUUUCAGUAGAUAGAACAAUUUGCCUCAUGGGACAACCCAGAAUCUCAACACCAGAACAUAGGAACAGCCCCAUCAGAUUUCUUGAGCCAUUUUGUCACUUGGAAGAAAAUAGUAUACCUUUAUAUUUAUUUAAAGAGUGCUCCAGGCCAUACCUAAUAGCAAUAAAUAGGUCUAGCCAAGAUAUUACUGGCUCUGUCUUUAACUGGGAGUGCUCUCUAUAAGCUGUUUAAGGUACUGAUAGGAAUGUUUUGUUCUUAAUAUUGGUUGGGGAUUGGAAUUUUGUUUUUGUACAUUUUAUUUCAAAUGAGGAGGAGGUCAUUUUUCUCAAAAAAUGAGUAUUUAUUAUGUCUUACUGAUUUCUUUGAUUAUAUACCUCUCCUCGGUUCAUUCUCUUGUUUUCUCUCUUUGGCUUUUGCUCUCUCACUCUUUUUUUUCCUUUUUAAAUCAUGUUGCAUUGGUAGAGUGUUGUAUGGCUAGCAUUGUAUUGUAUGUAAUUAAUUUUGCACAAAGGCAAACAUUUAGCAUAGUAGGUUAAUUUUGUUUGUUUUUAUGACCUGCCAAAAUAAUAUUCUGGGCUGGUGGAGAACAAAAGACUGUUCUUUAGGACUGAAACUUGAUUUUGCUUGUAGUAAGAGAAAAAAAAACAAAAAACACA